GCGUAGUGCUUGUGGAGCCCAAAUUGCCUGGCCAUCCCCAGAUGACCAUGGAAGCUGCUGCUCGAUUCACAGGAUACGGGAAUCCAAGAUUGUCGCUUGCCUCAGGGCUCACAGGUAGAUAUGUGCAUUUGUCCCGAUCAUCUUUUCCCCUUUUUCUUUGGAAGCUCUCCUUUCCUGAAGUAUGAAAACAAAACUUUGCAGCUCAAAGCUGGCACUAGAUGCUGCUCGCGCUGCAUUGGAUGGAGGAUUGGACGUGCUCGAAGUAACUAUGACUACUCCAGGAGCUAGCAAGGUGAUCGCCACGCUGGUUCACGAGUAUCCAUCAGCACUUAUAGGAGCUGGGACUGUUUUAUCUCUCGAUCAAGCUGAGGAGGCCAAGGCUAGCGGAGCAACGUUUCUCCUAAGUCCCAUCACCGUGAAGGAGCUCGUGGAAAUCCACUCGGUCGGGCCUGUGUUGUUCGUCCCAGGAGCAAUGACACCAACAGAAGUGUAUACUGCUCAUAGCUAUGGAGCACACAUUGUCAAGAUUUAUCCCACAGACCUCGCUGGUGGUGCCAAGUACGUGAGAUCGCUGCGAAAGUUGCUAGCUCACAUUCCUAUGAUCGCUUCUCAAGGAAUCACACUUGAUGAUCCGGCCUUACUUGGAUGCCGGAGCCUCGGCAGUGGUUCUCUCGGACGCAAUCUUCGACUCAAGCUCACUGUCAAGCUCUUGUUUCGCGAAAAUCACGCAGCAAGCCUCGGCAGCGGUGAAAGAAGCUGGAAAGAAUGCGCGGUGAAAGAUCUCGCGCAAAGAAUCCUUGUCGGGAAAAAAAUUCCAUCAAAGAGCGAGCGCUUGCGAGAAGAACGUAUCGCGAACUUCUGGAAAGAAUUUCCGAGAAGCAUCGAGCGCGCUUUCCAUUCACAAGCAAACAAAGGCAAAAGGAUGAAGAAAAGAAGGAUAAAAUAGAAAGUCUAGCCUAGCGGGUUUAAAGCCUUGGCUAGGGUUCUUCGAA